AUGGAUUUCAGACUCUACAAAAAACUAAUGGCACUCAAACACGACUUAGGCUUAAAAAAUAAACCACAAGUCUUGAAUGUAGUUCAACUCAAUCUUGAUUUUAAAAAUAAUCUAUUACUUUUAAAUGUAGCUCAAAACGUUGCACUUUCUAAAAAUCUCAUUAUUAUUGCUAGGGCUGGUAUUUCUUGUAGCAGAGGGAUACCUGAUUUUAGAAGUUCAAAUGAUCUUUUUGAAAUGAUAAAACAAAAAUAUCAGGGUACCUUUAGUUUGGUCAGAGACUUAUUUGAUUCUAAUUUAUAUAUAACUGACGAAGCUGUUGAAGCAUUUUAUAAUUUCAUGGGUGAAUUAAACAAAUUAGUUUUAAAAGCUGAACCUACAGCCACUCAUUUGUUUAUAAAAAAAUUGGCAGACAUAAAAAAAUUAAAAAGAGUAUAUACACAAAAUAUAGAUAAUCUCGAAAAAAAGGCAGGAUUAGAAUUUUGGAAUUUUGAAAAUUUUAAACAUUGCCAAGCACAAGUAGUUCAAUUGCAUGGAACAUUGGCAAAUUUACAAUCUUUUACACAAGAAUAUUGUGAUAUUUUCACGAAAGUUGAAAUUUCAAAUUGCCCUGAAUGCAAAGAAAGAGUAAUCCUUUAUGGUGACAAACAUCCCAAAGAAUUAAAAAUUGGAGAAAUUGCAGCAUAUGAUAAAAAUAAAGCCGAUUGUUUGAUAAUAAUGAGAACUUCUUUAAGAAUUCCUGAAGUGAAAUAUCUUAUAAAAAUAUUCACUGAAGCAGUUCAUGAUUGUAAUGGCUACAUGAUAAUGGUGAAUGCUACGAAUGUAGUUACUAAAGAAUGGAAUAGGAUUAUUGACUAUCAAAUAAUAGGUACUUGCGAUGA